AUGCUGCAAGAUGACGAACCGACACAGAAAAAGAAUCUUGAGCUUCUCCGAUAUGCAAAGAAAGGAUCGAUGUCCGCCAAAACGUACGUUGGUUUGGUUGAAGACACCUUCAAUUAUCGAAGGACGUUUGUUCAAACAUUAGUUUCCUCAGUGACAGAAGUGCUGCAAAUGUGCCCAUACCUUGGUGAGCCCAAAUUUGUAAGUAUCUUAUUUUUCCAAUGUUUGUUUGAAUGGUUUUCAUCAUAAAAGUGUUGUUGUGUCAUUAGCUCAGGUGGUGAAGUGUUCUAUAAAAUGGCUUACUAAACUAUUAAACUGAGAAUGUGCCUCUAUAUAUAGCUGUUUUAUCCUCCACUUUAUCUAUAGGCAUACAAAGCAUGAUCUUACUCAUUGAGGGGAGAGUCAACCUAUCCCAUGCAUUUAGGUAAGACUCUUCCCCUGACGAGUAUAUAAUCGUUUGGCAUGAUUACAAUGUGGUUGCUUUGUGGGGAAUAUAUGGACUAUUGGGUUAAAAUUGAUAUAUUUAUUUUGUCCUUUUAUAUGAUUCCAGCUAAGAAAGAAGUUUUCAGAAUCCUGGGCUGGGAAGGAAAAGUAAAAGACCAUAUGAAUGAUGCGAAGACGUCAUUAAAGCAGGCAUUUAACAUUGCUAUGGACAAUGCAACAGAUUAUGACAUGACCAGCGAAGAGCUCAUCAAGGCUGUCGAACUCAUGGAGAAAAAAAAACAAAAAUAA